UUGACAGCAAAGGCAAAUUUCUCCAGUCAGUUUCCGUUAGUUUCGGGAUAGAGAUGAUUCGCGUUUGUGUUUUACAGAUGAAACUACGAUGAAUAAGAAUGGACAGAAAAGGAUCGGAUAGUGUUUAAAUAAUGUUCAUCUGCCUUAUAAAGCUCUAAAAUGGCCAUACGGGAAUUAAAAGUUUGUCUUCUAGGGGAUACGGGUGUUGGAAAAUCAAGUAUUGUUUGUCGGUUUGUUCAAGAUCACUUUGAUCACAACAUCAGUCCAACUAUAGGUGCUUCAUUUUUAACCAAGACCGUGCCCUGCGGGAAUGAACUUCAUAAGUUUCUGAUCUGGGACACAGCCGGGCAGGAACGAUUCCAUUCAUUGGCUCCCAUGUAUUACAGAGGCUCUGCAGCAGCUGUCAUUGUGUACGAUAUCACGAAGCUGGACUCUUUUCAAAUGUUAAAGAAAUGGGUGAAGGAACUCAAAGAACAUGGGCCAGAGGACAUAGUCGUGGCUAUAGCUGGAAAUAAGCACGACCUGGGUGACAUCAGGGAAGUUCCAACUAAGGAAGCAAAAGAUUUUGCAGAGUCAAUUGCAGCCAUUUUUAUGGAAACCAGCGCCAGAAAUGCUGUAAACAUAGAAGAACUGUUCCAGAAAAUCAGUCGACAGAUUCCACCAUUGGAAGGCACGGACGCUGAAAGUAACGAAUCUUUCAAACUGACACGACAAACUCCUCCUUCCACCAAACGCUGCUGUUAAACAUCCCGUCACUCCCGCAGUUACGCCACAAACAUUUCGUCCCACUAACUGCAGCAGUGCACAUGAUAGUGCCUUACUAUAGUGUACUACAUAAUGUACUUCUUUAAACAUGCUUCCUGUGCGUUUAUAGACAAUGAGGAAUACGACGAUAUUGCUUUGUCUUGACAUUUACAGCACAAUACAUGUCCAUUGCACAAAUAUUAGGUUGAAAUACCACUUUGAUAAAACAAUUUGGAGAUGGUCUAAUGAAGAUGAACGUAUUAGUUUUAUACAUUCGUAUUAAAAACAUUUUGUAUAAUUUUUUCUAAGAAUUUACACAAGAUCACGUGCCUUAUAUCAUUGUUUUGAUCUUUUUAAAACAUUUUUUGCAAAACUUUUAUUUUUUGUUUAUUACUAACUUGUCUUUAUUUGACUAUUUUAAAUACCCAUCAUGUGUACUGUUCGUUGAUGUAAUAUAGGUACAGGCAGAAUAAAAUAUUACUAAACUUCUUAAAUCCAAGUGGUUAAAUGUGGUAAAUAUAUCAGAAACUUCAGGCAAAAUGAUUAUGCAAAAUAUUUCACCAUUUUAAGUGACAUGUCUUUUGACCUUCCUUUCCUUUAAGGAGGGAGAAAUAUGGAAAUAUUCCACCAGAGGGCAGAGUUUACUGUAAAAGGAAUGAUUCUGUUAAAAAUGUCCUAGGGUCUCUGGUUAAAGCUUAAUUGGAAAAGCCAGUUUGUAAAGUUCCAGUUAAAGUCUGUCACUUACAGUUAAAAAGUUUCUCAUUGUUGAAUGUCACUUAAACCCCUUUUUCUAAAUGAAUACAUAAUAACAUUAGAAAGUCACAACUCAUAACUGCAAACAGAAAUAACGACCAAUAUUACUACUAAUAAUACCAACAACUGUUGUUUUAUUUUUUAGUAAAGUUUCAGACAUCAAUAAAAACUUUCACAGUGACUAAUUUAAGCAUUUAUUUAGAGUACACAAAAGUACAAGAUUUGUAAGGGUACUUAAAACUACAUUUUUCUCAAAAAUGACCUCAAAUGCUCCUAGAUCAGUUCAUUUGUUUAGAUCAUUGCAACAAAAAUCUGUUUAACUUGUUCGCUGUUUGUGCAAUGUCAAAUUAAUUCUCCAAGUAUAAUGUAUAUCCUUAUCUGGAUAAUGUCAUGUGAUCUUAAGUGUUUUUCAUCACACAAUUUGGUCGUUCCUUGUAUUGGUAUUGUUUAAACAUAUCUUUCAUCAGUUAACUUAAACUCUCGUGUGAUGUAGUGAUAAUGGUAUGAAGCACAUUUUGUACCGGAUGUCAUUAAUAAACCAUGCAUGCAUUUCGUAGAUGAUA